AUGGUUAACAAGUAGAAGGGAAAAGCAGAUGAGAUUUGUUAUAUAAAGCCGUCAGAAAAUUGACUUGGGAUCUGCAAAAGCUGAAGACAAAUUCAUUAUCAUUUUUCAUGGAUGCCCCUAAGAGUUGUACGCCUGAAGAAGUUGCCACUGUGAAUGUAAUAUCUGCAAAAGAUUUGCUUGGAUCAAACUACUGCUAUCUGGAUGUGAGGACACCCGAGGAGUUCAGUAAAAGUCAUAUUGACCAUGCUUUCAAUGUUCCUUACAUGUUCAUCACACAAGAAGGUAAAGUGAAAAAUCCAGAGUUCCUGAAGGAGGUCUCCUUAAUCUUGAAAAAGGAUGAUCACAUAAUUGUGGGUUGCAACAGUGGAGGACGAGGUGUCCGAGCUUGUGUUGAUCUUAUCGAGGCUGGUUAUGAGAAUGUGAGUAACAUGGAAGGUGGUUAUUCAGCUUGGGUCGACGCUGGACUCACAUCUGCCGGGGAUAAACCUGCUGAAGAGCUCAAAACUUUUUGCAAAUUUCGCCCUUAAUUAAAAUUAAAUUCCACCUUCGUAUGAAUGUUUGGGAAAAUAAAUAAAUCAAAAUCAUGUUCAAUUUUGCCAUACUAUAUGCUAUGGCUCAAUCUUAUAUUUGUUUUCUUAUACGUACUUCUGUUUAAUUUAAUCUGGUUUUUAUA